UGUCCCAAUGACAUCACAUUCGUGCCUACGGUUUUGAAGAGCGCGCAUUAUCAACGCUAUAACUAUAUAGGUACUUAACGAAACACUUUGUUCCUGGGAUGAAAACAACGAACAAGUUAUUGUUUUAAAAUGUUAUUAUUAAAAAAAUUUGACGUUUACUUGUUACCACUGUGUAUAUUGCUCGUCUUUGGUCUUCGCGCCACUGCAGGUCAAUUGGUACGGACUAGAUACGAAAGGAACAGGAAACAGGGUGAUCAAGUAUGCCGCCAAAACACAGAAUGUGUUUCUAGGUUCGAAUGUGAUAUACAUUUGGAAACUCAAAAUCAACAAAAAUGUAAAUUGGGAAAUGAAUUACCAAUGGGCUUUUGCUGCCCUGUCAAUAAAAUUAUUCGACUGAAUACAGAAAAAAGAUUGACUUAUGAGGACGAAGAAUCAGACUUUGACAAAAUUCUAGAUAUACUAACACCAGAACUUAUUAAACCAUUACACGAAGAACCGGAAUGUGGACAAAAUACCAAGUCUUUAUCCAACACCUCAAAUGUGCAAAAUACUAAAGCCAAUGAUUGGCCAUGGAUGGCAGUGUUUUUAGAGACAACAAACUAUAUGAAUUUCUGCGGUGGAGUAUUACUUAAUCGACGAUUCGUGUUGACUGCUGCUCAUUGUUUUAUAAUAUAUACUAAAGAAAAUGUUGUUGUUAGACUUGGUGAAUAUGAUUUCACCACUGACAAUGAGACACAAUACAUUGACUACAAAGUAGAUUCUAUUAGAUUACAUCCAGACUAUGAUCAUGCUACGCACGCCAAUGACAUCGCCAUAGUGAAGUUGAACAGACCUACAAUUUACAAUUCGUUUAUUCGACCUAUUUGUUUGCCUAAAACAAACAUGGAAGUGUACAAUAGAAACGCUGUCGUGGCCGGUUGGGGCCAAACAGUUUACGGUAGUCAAGUCAGUAACGUUCUCCAAGAAGUGACAAUACCAAUAUGGGAACAUGACCAGUGUGUUUCAGCUUUUUCUCAACUAAUAUCCAAAACAAAUCUUUGUGCUGCUUCUUACGAAGGGGGCAAAGAUUCCUGUAAGGGCGAUUCUGGUGGUCCGCUGUUAGUUAAAAGACACGACGGAAAAUGGACAAAUGUUGGAGUAGUGUCUUGGGGCAUUAGUUGUGGAGAAGUCGGAUACCCCGGCGUUUACACAAAAGUAACUUCAUACCUCAAAUGGAUAGCUGUGAACGCACAAGAUGUCAUUUAACGACUGACCAACCAUAGGAAUAUAUUAUCAAAAUUUAUAAACAAUUUUAACUUUUAAUCUAUAAUUAACCAUGAUAUGUAUACCAAAACAACUAAACAAUAAUUAUUUAACUAAUGAUUAUAUAUUUUAUUAAAUUCAAAUAAAUUAUUAGUAGAUAUUUACCACGA